ACUUCACCAUCAAUUGGCUCCUGAGAGAUCAGCUCAAACCAUCAGUGCAGGAUGUUUACCCAGUUCCUUGUGUGUCUGCUGCUUGGAAUGUGUGGAUUGGGAGACGCCCAUCACCAACCAGACCUGAACCUGGGUCUUCAGGGCCGCCCGUGUCAGUCCAGUCUGGCUGACUUCCACGGACACGCCAUGAAUGCUGUGGACGGCAAUGAAAACCCCGACUGCACCAAAGGCUCCUGCUCCAUCACCGCCCAGCAACUGGAGCCCUGGUGGAGGCUGGACCUGCUCGACACCUACCACAUUUCCACCGUCUCUGUCAUGGCUCGCUCAGACUGCUGCUCAGAGUCUCUGAUCGGAGCCGAGAUUCUCAUCGGAGACUCGUUGGAGAACGACGGCAAAAACAACCCCAGGUGUGCUGUGAUUGACGCCAUCGAAGCAGGAACAACGCGAUCGUUUACCUGUAAUGGGAUGCUGGGACGCUAUGUGACAAUUGUCAUUCCCGGCCGUGAGGACACGCUGGCUCUCGCCGAGGUCACUGUCUUGGCUGGUCAUUUUCAGUUCUGAGGAGCCGUACCUGAGAGCUGACAGGUCUCGAGAGUAUGGACACACUCUCCUGUUGCCGCUGGAGAAUGGAAGAGAUUCUCAGUGAGACUCCAGGAUUGAAUCUCAUCAUGUGUGGAGCCUCUUAUACUUGUCCCACAGAACUCUCGUCUGUACAUCUGACCUCUCCACUGCUAUAAGCCACACUUCACACUGAGCCACUCUGAGUGUGACUCCUUGGUUGUUCUAUCACCUGCUUUGCUAUCGCCUUC